AUGCCCCGCUGGGGAAGACCACCAGGGGGCUCGUCGGGUGUGGGGAGAUACUACGAGGGGGGGCAGAACGACGUGCAUAGGUUUCAAGAAUUGGAUAGCGACGAUGAGAAGGGUGGCGUUGUAUUAGAUCAGGCGUUUCAGCCGGUUUUGAACGGCAAGAGCAUCAAUUCGGAUGAGCUUUACUUUAAUGAUAUGGAUAUUAGUGCCUGGGAGGGCAGGGCAGCAGCUUUGGGUGAGGCAACAUACCAGGAUCGUGGUCAUCAACAGGAUUAUGAUGAGUAUCUCGGCGACGACUUCGAUACCGCUGAAUACGAGGAAAUACUAUUCCGCCGCGUACUCGAUAAGAUUCGGAUAGCAAGAGCAGCGGGUAAUCCAAACGUAUCACUUAGUCCAGAAGAGUUACGCGCGUAUGAUUCACGACUUCGCGGACCAAGGACAACAGCAGUUCGCCCUGAAAUCCACUCUCGGCCGAACAGUGCUUCCUACCCCAACGACCCCACAAGUGUGGUUAGAGACGAUGCGACUAGCAAGCACGGCAGUUCCUCCAGAUCGAAGAAAGAUCAGAAGCGAAGUUCAAUCUUUGGAUCAAAGUCGAAGGAGAAGCCCAGCAGUCGCAAACGUACAUCUACCGUAUCAACCACAGAUAGCCGUGCACCGCCACCCGGCUUCGUCAUACCUGGCCCCGACGGACAGUCUGUCGUCCCGUUCCGCGUCUGA